AUGCGCAGAGCUGCGGCCCAGCUGGAUGGACGGCCAGAUGAAACGGUGCCCUGCUAUCUACAACUGAGUUCAACUGGGGUUGAACGGGCGUCAUGUAAGCCUUUUAGGGGAAGGAAGCUGUUGGAUUUCUUCUUUAAGUCACCUUAACUUAGAUCUGGGAGAUAUCUAAAGAUGUUUGAGAUGAUCCAGGUGAUCUAUUUGACAGUGCUGCUUCCUGAAGUGGUUUACUGCGCUCAAGGCCACUAUGCCCAGAAGCUCCUGAACGACCUGAUGGAGAAUUACUCCAGCGCCCUGCGGCCUGUGGAGGACACAGACAGAGCGCUCAACGUUACCUUACAGAUCACCCUCUCUCAGAUCAAAGACAUGGAUGAGAGGAACCAGGUGCUGAUUGCCUACCUGUGGAUUAGGCAGACGUGGCACGAUGCCUACCUGAGAUGGAACACAGAAGACUACGAUGGUCUGGACGUCAUCCACAUUCCCAGCAGUCUGGUGUGGCGGCCCGACCUCGUCCUCUAUAACAAAGCUGAUGAUGAUUUCUCAGGACCGAUGGACACCAAUGUCAGGCUGCGCUACAACGGAGAGAUAACUUGGGAUGCUCCGGCCAUCACUAAAAGCUCCUGUGUUGUGGACGUCUCUUAUUUUCCAUUUGACAGCCAGGAAUGUAACCUCACCUUCGGUUCUUGGACGUACAAUGGCAACCAGGUAGAUAUCAUUAUGGGCAUGGAUAGCGGUGACCUCUCUGAUUUUGUGGAAAAUGUGGAGUGGGAAUGCCACGGUAUGCCGGCCACGAAGAACGUGAUAAUGUACGGCUGCUGUUCCGAUCCAUACCCAGACAUCACCUACACAGUGCUCCUGCAGCGCCGCUCCUCCUUCUACAUCUUUAACCUCCUCCUGCCAUGCUUCCUGAUCUCCUUCUUGGCUCCACUGGGAUUCUACUUGCCUGCAGACUCUGGGGAGAAGGUUUCCCUCGGGGUGACGGUUCUCUUGGCUCUCACUGUGUUCCAGCUCAUGGUGGCUGAGAGCAUGCCACCAUCAGAAAGUGUGCCUCUCAUCGGGAAGUACUACAUUGCCACCAUGACCAUGGUCACGGCCUCCACAGCGCUCACCAUUUUCAUCAUGAACAUUCACUUCUGUGGUGUAGAGGCCAAACCAGUCCCACACUGGGCCAAAGUGCUUAUCAUAGACUACAUGUCCAAGAUUUUCUUUGUGUAUGAAGUGGGCGAGAACUGUGCUUCUGGCUCUUCUUCCUCAUCUUCUCACUACCUCCAGGAUGACUUUUGCCACCCUCAGGUUAACUCCCACAUUCAAGCGAAUGGGAAACCCCGGGGCCCCGGCAGCCAAGAGGACCGGAAGCAACACAGAUACCCCCGGCUCCAACCCUCCAAGCAGCACCAGCAGCACAGAGUGAAAGUGCAGCACCACAUUACGAGAGAAGAGAGCAGCCAUCUCUCCAGAUCCGCACCUGGAAGGUAUGAAGGCUCCAAUGGUAAAAUCACAAUGAGCGACUGCUGCAUGGAAGACCAGAAGCCUUCGUGUCAUCUGGAGGACCAAAAGUUUCCAUGCUGUCUUGAAGACAAAAAGCCUCCACCUCAGGGUCCCACCGUGACCUUUGGGCCCUGUGUGUUUUGCAGCUUUGGCAGCGGGUUUCCUAACGUGGACAGCAAGCUGGUCCGCAACGUGGAGUACAUUGCUAAUUGUUUCCGAGAGCAGAAGGCCACAUGUGCCAAGGGGGCAGAGUGGAAGAAGAUUGCGAAGGUGAUGGACAGGUUCUUCAUGUGGAUUUUCUUCGUCAUGGUUUUCCUUAUGAGCAUUCUUGUAAUUGGCAAGGCGAAAUGACCAACCCUAUGUGGUUGGAAAUCUGACCCAAUGAAUGCUCUCUGGUCUGACGCAAACUGAUGAUAAGACCAUAUCAUGGUAAACAUUUGCUGUUAUAAAUGUGUGGGAGUUGAUUUAUAGGGAUGGAAUAUUGAUGAAAAAGACAGAAAAUGGCAGAGAAAAUUUGUUCUCUGUCAAUAAUAAGCAAUACAUCAACAAGAAAAAUGUUGAAUUAACAACUGUCAAUGCUUUUACUAUCACUGAUGUGUUCGGCUUUUCUGCUAUAUUUUUCCUUCCACUCAACUUUCCAUGACGCAAACUCUGAACAUCUGUUUUCAUAAGGAAUAAAACCUUCAGCUCUCUACUACACAACUGUGAAGUUGUCAGGGUUUUCUAUGAC